AUGGCUGCUCAGUUGGAACAAACUCUUUCUCAAGCAGUCAAAGACGGCAAGAUUCCCCAUGCUGUCGUAUAUGCCACCAACAGAGACGGAAGCCAGCAAUAUAACUAUGCAACUGGUCUCAAGCAAUAUGGCGUCAACGAUGAACCAAUUCAAGAGGAGGACGUAUUGAUGCUGGCUUCGCAGACCAAGCUGCUAGCUACAAUUUGCGCACUUCAGGUUGUUGACCAAGGUCUCAUUGGUCUGGACGAGGACGUGUCUCCUCACCUGCCUGAAUUGGCUGCACAACCUAUAAUCCUAGGAUUUGAUGAAAACGACAAGCCCAAACUUGUAGAGCGCAAGAAUCCAAUUACUUUGAGACAACUCCUCGCUCACAGCUCAGGAACUUCGUACGCCUUCUUGCCUGAUCUGAUCAAGUAUGACAUUCAGRGAGGGAGGCAACAUCCACAAAUCACCAAUGCGCCGACCAUUCUGGAGCGUUGCGAUAUACCCUUGAUCGCCGAGCCGGGUGAGAGUUGGAUGUAUUCUCUGGGAAUCGACUGGGCCGGUCUCUUGGCCGAGCGGCUCACCAACUCCACCCUUGAUGAGCUCCUGAAAAAAGGCAUAUGUCAGCCUCUUGGACUCAAAGGCAUGACAUUUUGGCCCAAGAAGGACCCCGAGCUCAAGGACAGAGUUACGAGCAUCGCCGUACGUACUCCAGAAGGCAAACUGGCGCCGUACACUGAAGACACCAUCAACACACACUCAACAGACUGCUUCGGAGGUCAUGGCGUCUACGCUCGAUUGGGAGAUUACAUCAAAGUCCUGCAGAGMAUCCUGGCGAAUGAUGGGAAGAUUCUCAAGCCAGAGACUGUGGAUAUGAUGUUUGAACCCCAGCUCGGGGAAGGCUCCUCCAAGGCUUUCACUGCAUUCAGAGAUAACUUCAGUGGAAUGCUCAUUGGGGAGAUGAGCAACGACAUGCCUGUCAGUUAUGGCCUGGGAGGCAUGUUGUUUCUGAAGGACGACGUAGGGCGACGUAAGAAGGGAACCCUCAGCUGGGGAGGACUCGUGAAUACCUUCUGGCUGGUUGAUAGAGAGGCUGGGCUCGCUUUGACGUUUGGCACGCAGGUCAUGCCGCCUGGUGAUGCCGAGUGCAAGAAGUUCACCGGGAUUGCCGAGAGGGCGAUCUAUGAGAUGUUUGGUGUCAAGUGA